UACGCCCUCUGUAAAUUUUAAUGAUUAAUAAUUGCAUUUAAAUGCAUUGAUGUUUUUUAUGCACAUGUUUUGGAACUGAAGAAUGAAUCAAUCUGUCUUCCAGGUUGACCCGGUCAAGUACAAGUCCAUCUUUAAUGGCUUCUCUGUCACGUUGAGAGAGGAUGGUUUCAGGGGGUUAGGCAAAGGGUGGGCACCAACAUUCUUUGGUUAUCUAUGCAAGUUUGGUUUCUACAAAGUCUUUAAGGCCAUGUACAAUGACAUGCUUGGAGAGGAGAAUGCUUAUUUGUGGAGAACCUCCGUGUAUCUGGCCGCGUCUGCCAGUGCUGAGUGUUUUGCUGAUAUUGCACUGGCUGCUAUGGAAGCAUGCAAAGUGCGUAUUCAGAUGCGUCCAAAAAUGCACGCUGAGGAGGGGUUAAAUGCGUUCCACAAAGGUGUUUCUUUGUGGCUGAGGCAGAUUCCCUGCACCAUGAUGAAGUUUAGCUUUGAACGUACUGUGGAGAUGCUUUAUAAGUACAUAGUGCACAAACCGCGCAGCGAGUGUUCCAAGCAAGAGCAUCUGGUGGUGUCCUUUAUUGCCGGUUACAUUGCUGGUGUGUUCUGUGCUGUGGUGUCCCACCCUGCUGAUUCUGUGGUCUCUGUACUGAACAACCAGAAAGGUAGUUCAACAGUGGAGGUGCUGAAAACACUGGGACCCGUAGGUGUGUGGAUGGGCCUCUUUGCUCGCAUCAUUAUGAUCGGCACGCUUACGGCCCUGCAGUGGUUCAUUUAUGAUUCUGUGAAGGUGUACUUCCAUCUGCCACGUCCCCCACCCCCAGAGAUGCCCGAGUCCCUUAAGAGAAAGAUGGGUCUCCAAGAUUAUUAG